AUGUUCAUUCUUAGAAAGUGCUUUUUUGAGGAAUUGGAGAUCGAAGAAGAUCCAUUUGCAGCGAAUAUGGCGACAUAUGUUGAGCCUCCAAACGGAUUCAGGCAAAUCGGGAAGCAUUAUUACACUAUAUGGCAACAAUUGUUUGAAAUCGAUACAAAAUACAUUCCGAUCAAACCAAUUGGGAGAGGAGCAUAUGGUGUUGUUUGUUCUUCAAUCAACAGAGAAACAAACGAGAAAGUCGCAAUCAAGAAGAUCAACAAUGUGUUUGGAAACCCAACUGAUGCGUUAAGAACCCUAAGAGAAUUAAAGCUUCUCCGACAUAUCAGACAUGAAAAUGUAAUCGGAUUGAAAGACGUCAUGUUUCCGAUUUACAGGAAUAGCUUCAAAGAUGUUUAUCUUGUUUACGAGUUAAUGGAUACCGAUCUUCAUCAUAUCAUCAAAUCGUCACAACCUCUAUCAAACGAUCACUGCAAAUUCUUCUUAUUUCAGUUGCUUCGAGGUCUGAAGUAUCUUCACUCUGCUAAUGUCCUCCAUCGUGACCUAAAACCCGGGAAUCUCCUCGUGAACGCAAAUUGCGAACUGAAAAUCUGCGAUUUUGGACUGGCGAGAACGAGCCAAGGAAGCGAACAGUUCAUGACGGAAUACGUCGUCACACGGUGGUACAGAGCACCGGAGCUUCUCCUCUGUUGCGACAACUACGGGACCUCCAUUGACGUGUGGUCGGUGGGAUGCAUCUUCGCCGAAAUUCUCGGCCGGAAACCGCUUUUUCCGGGAACGGAGUGCCUGAAUCAACUGAAACUGAUAAUCAACAUUCUCGGGAGUCAAAACGAAGAUGAUAUUGGAUUCAUCGACAACGCAAAAGCUCGAAGGUUUAUAAAAACUUUGCCUUUCACAAGAGGGAUUUGUCUUUCUUCUUUAUACCCGGCGGCGGAUCCUUUAGCUUUGGACUUGCUGCGGCGGAUGCUGGUGUUUGAUCCGGCGAAGAGGAUAACGGUGACGGAAGCUCUGCAACAUCCGUACAUGGCGGGUUUGUUUGACCCGAGGCAAAACCCGGGUGCCCAAAUGGCGAUUAAUUUGGAUCUUGAUGAGAAUAUGAAUGAAGAGAUGAUUAGGGAAGAGAUGUUGAGGGAAAUGUUGCAUUAUCAUCCUGAAGCUGCAUAUCAAAUGGUGUUUCAAAGAUAGUUUAUUUUUGGAAUUUUGUUUAUUAUUUGCUCUAGAAACCAAAAAUGGUGUAAAACCUUAAAAGCAUAAUGUGGGGCUUUUGGUUUUGAUUAUUCUUGUAAUUUGGAUUGUAAAAUUUUUAGUUUUAUGUAAUUUUGGUUUUGAAUCCCUACAUGUUGGUGUUCUACUCUUUUUCAUCAACUUCCAUUUUUUUUUUUUGAAUUUUGAAUUUUGAAAUAGUGUAAAAGAGCAAUGUGAUGCUUUUGGUUGAUAAAGAUGAUUUUGAUUUUGAGAAUAUGC